UGUGUGCUUGUCCUCUUGUCACAAUAGAAUUUGAGGUUAUGUUGUGUUUAUUCGGCUAUUUUUGUUUGAAUCAACUAUUGUAAUUUUUAUUUUGUGCAAGUUCUACUGUAAUUGAAAGACUUAAAAACUAAUAACAUGGCGCGCAAUGCAGAAAAGGCAAUGACAACACUGGCGCGAUGGCGUGCAGCACAAGUACAAGAGGCAGGUGGACAGCGUGAGCGGAGACCAUACCUAGCUUCCGAGUGUACAGAUCUACCACAAGCUGAAAAAUGGAGACUACAGAUUGUCAGAGAAAUUGCAAAAAAAGUUGCACAAAUACAGAAUGCCGGUCUUGGCGAGUUUCGGAUACGAGACUUGAACGACGAGAUCAACAAACUGAUGCGGGAGAAGCGUCAUUGGGAGGUCCAGAUAAAGUCGCUGGGAGGGCCGGACCACGCUCGCGUUGGGCCUAAGAUGCUCGACCAGGACGGCAAAGAGGUCCCAGGGAACCGGGGGUAUAAGUACUUCGGAGCUGCUAAAGAUUUGCCAGGUGUCCGCGAGCUAUUUGAACAAGAACCGCCGCCACCUCCGAGGCGAACUCGCGCUGAUCUCAUGAGAGACGUGGACGCCGACUAUUACGGAUACAGAGACGAUGAUGAUGGACUGCUCAUGCCUCUUGAACAAGAGGCUGAGAAAGAAGCCAUAUUGCGGGCUGUUGAUGAGUGGAAGAGAAAUAAAGAACAGGAUAAGGAUCAAGAUUUACCUGAAGAGGAGAAUAUUUACCCAGAAGACCCUGAUGACAAGCGAAUAGAAGAAGACGAGGACGGCGAGCCAGUCCGGCAGUCAGUGACGUCACACGUCGCCGUGCCCUCGCAGAAGGACAUAGAGGAAGCCCUGCUCAGACGGAAGAAACAAGAACUCUUGGAGAAGUAUGGCUGCAUGGAUGUCAAGAUGGAGACCAGUUGACAGUGAUGUUGUGUAAAUAAUAGCAAUAAUAAACUAAUAUACAGUA